CCGGAAGUACUUAUUUAUUCUAGCCUGCUUCACAGCGGUCUGAAUAACAAUAACAACCAUUCGAAGGAAACGACAGAGAAAGACAGCUGGGGCCAUGGAGUCCUCUGAAGAGGCGCUGCGCACCUUCGUCCAAGUAGUCAGUGAGAAGUACAACCCAGAGAAUUUCCCAUACUGCCGUGGGAAUGGCAUGGGUGUCGUAGUGCUUUCCAGUCCACAGGGGUCGCCCAUUAAAGAUCGUCUGAAUCUGCCGAGUGUGCUGGUCCUGGACGGCUGUGGCAUCAGUAAAGCUGGGGACGAAGCUGAGGUGGCCACCUUUUGUGCCCAUGUGGUGGAGCUGGACCUGUCCCACAACCAGCUACAAGACUGGGGGGAGAUCUGCACGAUUGUGUCUAACAUCCCCAACCUGGACUUCCUUAACCUGAGUAUGAACCCUCUGAGUGGGAUUGAGCUGGAGCCGGGCCUGGCUGAGGUGUUCUUCCGGGUCCGCCGCCUGGUUCUCAUCAACACGCGUGUCACUUGGGACACGGUACACACACUCACACGCCAGACCCCUGAGUUAGAGGAGCUCUUCCUUUGUCUGAAUGAGUACGACCAAGUGGCCGAAUCCCCGGUUCCCUGCCCCUCCCUGCGCCUGCUUCAGAUCACAGACAACCAGCUACAGGAGUGGGACGAGGUGCGUAAGUUUGGGCCCAUGUACCCAGGCCUGCAAAACCUGGUGUUGUCCAAUAACAAACUGGGCUCUGUGGAGGAGGACACACCUCAGGACACACUGCAGCGCCUGUUUCCUAACCUGCGCAGCAUCAACCUCAACAACUCAGGACUGAACCGAUGGGAGGACAUAGAAAGGCUGAAUUUCUUCCCUAAGCUGGAGGAGGUGAGGCUGAUGGGGCUUCCCUUACUGCAGCCCUACACAAACAAAGAGAGACGCAGCCUCACCGUGGCACAGUUGCCAUCUGUGUCUGUGUUAAACGGUAGUGUGGUGACGGAAGGGGAGAGAGAAGACGCUGAGAGGUUCUUCAUCAGACACUACCUGGACCUUCCUGAAGAGACGCUGCCUCAUAGGUCUGGGCAUUCUGCCAAAUUGCAGAUACUGAUAAGUGAGGAUUUUUGUCUUCCCCUUCAUUCAGCUCUUUCUCAGGAGAUCAUGUACCCCUAUGGGCCUACCUACCAAGAUCUGGAGACACCCAAGAUGGAUGAUGGGAGUUCCACUGAAAUAAUUAUACUCAUGCCAUUCAUUUUUUUCAAUAACCCCUACCGCUCCAUCUAUGUCAACAACAACGGUGUGAUCUCCUUCGAAGUACAGGUGAGCCAGUUCACCCCCGAGGCCUUCCCCCUGAGUGACAGCAGAUCCUUCAUUGCCCCACUAUGGGCAGACGUGCACAACGGCAUCCGCGGAGACGUGUACUACCGUGAGAGCACAGACCCAGAGCUACUGGAGCGGGCCACACAAGAAAUCCGCAAGUACUUUAAGAACAUGCCCACCUUCACAGCCACCUGGAUCUUCAUCACAACCUGGCACCAGGUCACCUUCUACGGAGGCAGUCAGACCACCCCGGUGAACACAUUUCAGGUUGUGUUGAUAUCGGACGGUCUGUCAUGCUUUUCCAUGUUCAACUAUGGAGAGAUCAACUGGAGCACAGGCACAGCCAGUGGAGGAGACCCUCUGACUGGUUUAGGUGGUAGCACAGCACAGUCAGGUUUUAAUGGAGGAGAAAUCGGUAACUUCCUCAACCUACCUGGGUCCCGUUCCAAUGCCGUGGUUGAAAUCGAGAGGACGACCAAUGUAAACCUGCCUGGCCGGUGGGUCUUCCGUGUAGACACUGCCCUGAUAGACCCUGCCAAUGGCUGCAGUUACAAUGGGCGGUUCUAUCGGCGCGGUGAGAUCUUCUGGCUGUCCGACCAGUGCUCCCAGCGGUGCCGCUGCCUGGACAUGGACAACGAGGUGCUCUGCCGGGAGGCGCCGUGCAGCCAGCUGGAAACUUGUGAGCAGAAGGAGGGUGCCUUCUACUGCCAGUCUACGCGCACCAGCACCUGUGUGGUUUUCGGCGACCCUCACUACCACACCUUUGAUGGCUUCCUCUACCACUUCCAGGGCACCUGCUCCUACCUGUUAGCUCGGCCCUGCUGGGAGGUGGCUGGCCUGCCCUUCUUCAGCGUGGAGGCCAAGAAUGAGAACCGCGGCGUGGCCUCUGUGUCCUGGCUGAGAGAUGUCACUGUGGAGGUGUACGACCACAGAGUCAUCCUGCCUAAGGGCAGCCAGGGCACAAUACAGGUGGAUGGACUGAUGAAGACACUGCCAGUCCAACUCCAGCUAGGUGCAGUCAGAGUCUACCAGUCGGGCAUGGCCGUCGCCCUGGAGACCGACUUCGGCCUCCUGGUGACCUACGAUGGGCAGCACUACGCCUCCAUUUCCCUGCCCAGCUCCUACUUCAACAACACAUGCGGCCUGUGCGGUAACUAUAACGACAACCCUGCCGACGACCCUGUGCUGCCCGACGGCUCGCUGGCCGAGAGCGUAGUGGCGCUGGGUGGCAGCUGGCGGGCGGAGGACGCUGACUGGCGCUGCACAGACGGCUGUGCCCAGAACUGCAGUGUCUGUGAACCAUUGACCGAGGCGUUCUACUUCCGCCCGGACUACUGUGGAAUCAUCAACAAGACGGACGGGCCUUUCAGGGACUGCAGGGCAGUGGUGGACCCAACGGCCUUUGUCUAUAGUUGUGUCUACGACAUGUGCAACAACAAGGACAACAUUACCACCCUCUGUCAGGCCAUUCAGGCCUACGCCUUAGCCUGCCAAGCCCUGGGGGUCACCAUACGAACCUGGAGGUCACACACCUUCUGUGGUGGGUGCUCUUCUGUCCCGAUGUAUAUAAUCUAUAUGUCGGGUAGAAAUGGUUUUGUUUGGACAUUUUUAUAUGAGUUUGGGUUUCGUUUUCAUCAGUUCAUGUUUAACAGGUGGUUUUUCCCUGGGCUGUGUCUGAGUGGGGUUUCGUGGCUACUUGUUUCUCCUGUGCCUGACUCCACACCCACAUCCCCUUGGGGAGAUCUGACAGAAUCCUGCACCCUAAAUCAUGGAGACAGCAGGAGCGGACGCGCCCACCCCGUCCAUGGAGGAACGUGUUCAACAGCACACGGCGGUAUCACACCGUUUGGGGACAGCUAUGGAUCAGGUGUUAGUGAGAAUGGAGAGAUGGGAAAGGAGCGGCCUCCCUACAUCAUCUUCAGCCACUCGCCAGCCUGCAACAACACCUUUUCCGGCGGCGUCCGGACCCAGCAGGAUUCGGCUAGCUCUCCCGAGGGACUACAAUGGGACGGCUGCCGGGUACCAAGUUCCCAUAACGCGAAGGCCGACGCACUGUCCCCUCUCAAUGAUACCGAGGAGCAGUCCAUAGAUCCCACCCCCAUACUUCCAGCCUCUUGUCUGGUGGCACCGGUGUUAUGGGAGGUGGAAGCGGACAUCGAGCGGGCGUCUCGGUUAGGACCUCCUCCACCUCAGUGUCCAGCGGGUCGGAGUGCAUCCAGUGCCUCGGCCAAGGAGGAGGCUGCCUGUAUGUCUCCCCAGCCUGUAACAUCCUAUUUCCCCUUUGAAUGGCUGCCAGCCCUGAAAUGCCCUGAGUCCAGCCACUACCAGGUGUGCACCAGUGCCUGCGCCGCCUCAUGCUCGGACCUCACCUCCCACCUGUACUGCACCCACCCUUGCACAGAGGGCUGCCAGUGCGACCCGGGAUACGUGCUGAGUGGCAACCGUUGCGUCCGGCACCAGGACUGCGGCUGCGAGCAUGAGGGCCUCUACUACCCUCUCAACGACACUUUCUGGGCGGGCCCUGCAGGCGAGGGUGGAGAGUGCACCCUGCGCUGCGUCUGUGGGCCCAACGGCGAAGUCUCCUGCUUCAACGAUUCAUGUAGAGAAGGCGAGGUGUGUGUGACAGAGUUCGGCCUGUUGGGCUGUUACCCCCGCAGGGAGGGGGUGUGUUCUCUAGGCCAGAAUGUUGUGACGGCCUCUUUCGAUGGGACCUCCAUGCCCUUCCCGGACGACAGCUCCUACUACCUGCUGAGGUCGUGUGGGCCAAUGCCGGCCAACGUGUCUGCUGUGGAAGUAAAGAUGGGCCGGCGGCUGGUAAACAAGGGUCCAUACUGGAUGCGGCCCGUGGUGGUCAGGGUGGCCAACCUGGAGGCCCAGAUGGGUGGAUCGGACUUUGAUACAGUGAAGCUGAACGGUGAGCUGGUACUACUGCCUUAUGUCCACCCACUGGAGACCCUAAUGAUCUACCGCGCCCCUGGCAACACUACCGUGGUGGAGUCCAGCGGAUUGGUCCUAGUCCGCUACACCCGUCAGGGCCUCCUCAACAUCUCUCUCUCUACCCUCUUUUACAACGCCACCUGCGGCCUGUGCGGUCUCUUCAACGGAAACGCCAGCGACGAUCUCCGUCUGCCUAACGGCCGGCUGGCCGAAUCCCUCAAACUCUUCACUGAGGGCUGGCGGGCCAUCGCUGACGACCUGACGUGCAAUGGCGAUUGCGACGACCUGUACCGCAUGUGCACGGACCUGCGGCUCUACCAGAGCCCGUGGAUGUGUGGCAACAUCAACGACCUGGGGAACAGCUCCUUCCUGGCGUGCCACGGUGCCGUCAACCCCUCGCCGUUCUUCCGGAACUGCCUGUACAACAUGUGCAUGCGGGAGGGAAACCGCUCUGUGCUCUGCUCUUCGCUGCAGGCAUAUGCCUCGGCCUGUCAGGAUGCCCAGGUGGACCUUGCUGCCUGGAGGAGUGCUACCAAUUGCCCCUUGCCCUGUCCGGAGAACAGUUACUACAAUGAGUGCACCAGCGCUUGCCCACUGACCUGCGCCGGCCUGGACGAGCUCGCCGAGCUGUGUCCACUGUCCUGUCGGGAGGGCUGCCAGUGCAGGGAGGGCUUUGCACUCCACAACGGCCAGUGCGUGGCGCGCAGCGACUGCGGCUGCAUCAGCUCUGGGGGCCGGCAGCUGGCCACCAACCAGAUCUUCUGGAAUGACUGGGAGUGCCAGGAGCACUGCUACUGCAAUGGCUCGGACAACCGCGUCUACUGCACGCUGACACCGUGCCAGGAGGGUGAGUACUGCCAGGAGGGCCUUGAGGGCCUCUACUUCUGCCAGCCGCGCACCGAAGCGCUGUGCAUUGCCGCUGGUUACAGCCACUUCCUGCCAUUCGGAGGUGUGCCCUUCGAACUGCAGAGUAGCUGUACCUUGAUCCUGGCUACAACGAGGUGCAACAGCGGAGUGGCGGGAGAGGAGGAUAUGGACCAGAGCACCGCCACCCGACCCAAGACGAGCACCAGCGCCGACCUCCCUCGCUUCAAGCUGUCAGCCCGGAACGAGGAGAGGGACACGGAGCAAGCCAUCUGGGUGAGGGGGUUCAUCUUGGAAGUCUACGGCUAUGAGAUUGAGGUGUCUCGGAGCUAUAAACACACCAUCACGGUGAAUAAGGAACGUCUGUACCUGCCUUUGAAGCUGGGGCCGGGGAAGGUCCACAUCUUCACUUUCGGCAUGCAGCUGGUGUUGGAGACGGACUUUGGCCUGAAGGUUGCCUUCGACUGGAACACCCUGCUCCUGCUCACGCUGCCUCGACGCCUCUACAACACCACCUGCGGCCUGUGCCAGGGCAUGCCACUUUCCUCUCCACCCGCACUCACCACCAGCAACUGGGGCAUGGCCUGGGCUGAGCAAGACACAUUCUGCCAGGUGGGCUGCGGCGACUCGUGCCCACGUUGUGGGUUGGUCGAGAGAGGCUUUGGUGCCACCGAUGCCCCUUUACUCGUCGCGGACGCCUACAUGGAAGGCGUGGCCCAAGAUGGUGAGGGAGGAGGAAUCAAUGUUGAUGGCGGGGGUUACACAGGAAUCCGAUUCCACCUGGGCGAUGGGCUGCACUUGUUUGUGGAGCCCGAGGCAGUGCGUCUGUGCGGGUUGAUCGUGGACCGCGGCGGUGUGUUUGCGCGCUGCCACAGCAAGGUGGCGCCGACGUUCUUCUACCAGAACUGCCUGCAGGACACAUGCCUGGACCGGGGUGCCUCGGGGACCAUUUGCAACUGGCUGCAGAUCUACACCAGCACAUGCCAGACCCAGGGGGUGCGUGUGUUAGGCUGGAGGAUUGACACACCCUGUGUGCUGACGUGCCCAGCCAACAGCCACUACUCUAGCUGCAUGUCAGUGUGCCAACCGCAGUGCACCCCAGCCCGCGGCCAGAGGGAGUGCACCCAAGACUGUGUGGAGGGCUGCCAGUGUGACCAGGGAUACGUCCUCAAUGGCAAGGGUUGCGUCCGGCCCCAGAACUGUGGCUGCUACAACGACGGCAAGUACUAUGAGCCCAAACAACUGUUCUGGAACAGUGAUUGCACCAAGCGCUGCCAGUGCAUCGGCCGUAAUCUCAUCCAGUGUGACCCACGCCGCUGCAAGGCCGAGGAGGAGUGCGCCCUGCGCCAUGACGUGCGCGGCUGCUUCACCCAGCGCUCGCAGCAUUGCGUGGCGUCCGGUGGCGGUGUCUUCAGGACCUUUGACGGGGCAUCCCUCCGCCUGCCUGCCUCCUGCUCCUUCGUGCUGUCCACCAACUGCCACAAGCUACCUGACCUCUCCUUUCAGCUCAUCGCAAACUUCGACAAGUGGAGCACACCCAACCUCACCACCAUCUCCCAUGCAUACCUCUAUAUUAACGAGGAGAAUAUCCUGAUCUCCGGGAGCACCGUGAAGGUGAACGGCACUCCUGUGUCGUUGCCUUUUGUCACGGGCCUGAUGACGCGCGUCUCCACAUCGGAGGGCUUCCUGGUCAUCGACACGCCCCAGGACAUCCAGGUGCGCUACAACCGCUUCAACACGCUCAGCAUCACUAUGGGCCAGCGGUUGCAAAACAAGGUGUGCGGCCUUUGCGGCAACUUCAAUGGAGACCCUACUGACGACUACAUCACCUCCCGUGGGAAGCCGGCCAUCAGCGCCCUGGAGCUGGCCCAAAGCUGGAAGACCAAUGGCAUGCAGAACAGCUGUGAUGAGACCCAGUACAUGGCGCUGGCCCAGUCGUGUGAGAACACAGCUGUGCUGGGCCUCCAGGGCGAGGAGGGGUGCCAGAAGCUCACCCAGAUGAAGGGCUUCUUCCAGCCCUGCCACGGCCUGCUGGACCCCAGGCCCUUCUACCAGUCCUGCUACCUGGACGGUUGCUACAACCACCACAAGGCCCAGGUGUGCGGCUCGCUGGCUGCCUACGCCGAGGCCUGCCGCUCCCUAGGCACGCUCACCACCAAGUGGAUUGCCCAGGAGAAUUGUUCAGAAUGGAUCUACGACCCUUGUGCAGGAGAGAUCUGCACCAACAACACGUGUGAGCAGGAGAACGGGGGAGACCUGUGUGGCUGCCCUGAGCUGCCCAACAACGCUGGUGGCGUGGAUGACAUAAUCCAGGCGGAGGUGACAUGUAAGCACGCCCAGAUGGAGGUGUCCAUCUCCAAGUGUAAGCUCUUCCAGCUGGGCUUCGAGCGUGAGGAUGUGAGGAUCAAUGACCAGUACUGCCCCGGCAUUGAGGGAGAGGACUUCAUCUCCUUUCACAUCAACAACUCCAAGGGCCAUUGCGGCUCCAUUGUACAGUCCAACGGCACACACAUCAUGUACAAGAACACGGUGUGGAUCGAGAGUGUGAACAACACAGGCAACAUCAUCACCAGGGACAAGACAAUCAACGUGGAGUUUACCUGCGCCUACGAGCUAGACAUCAAGAUAUCCUUGGAGACCGUGCUCAAGCCCAUGCUCAGUGUUAUCAACCUCACCCUCCCCACCCAGGAAGGCAACUUCAUCACUAAGAUGGCGCUGUACAAGAACUCCUCGUACCGCCAUCCAUACCGCGAGGGUGAGGUGGUGCUGAGCACCAGGGACGUCAUCUUUGUGGGGGUGUUUGUGGAGGGGGCCGAUGAGGACCAGCUCAUCCUCAUCGUCAAUAUGUGCUGGGCCACGCCGUCCCGCUACAGCAACGACCACCUCCGCUACGUCCUCAUAGAGAAAGGUUGUCCCAACGUCAAGGACAAUACCAUCGGCAUGGCUGAGAACGGGGUGUCCCUCACCUGUCGCUUCCACGUCACCGUCUUCAAGUUCAUCGGGGACUACAGUGAGGUCCACCUUCACUGUGACGUGUCACUGUGUGACCACGAGACCAAUGCCUGCAAAGUGAACUGUCCCCACAACAGGAGAAUGUACUCAGACUACAGCGAUCACAAGGAGCAGAUCCUCACUGUAGGACCCAUCAGAAGGCGAGAGUCGGACUGGUGUGAGGUGGGUAACGGAGGCUGUGAGCAGAUCUGCACCAGUAAAGGAAUGGGAGCUAUGUGUAGCUGUGUGACUGGGAUGCUGCAGAGGGAUGGAAAGAGCUGUCGAGCUGUCAGCUCCAGCGUUGACCUUCGACCCCUUGUUUUCCCUCUGGCUCUUAGCACCGUGGUCUCCGUGCUCCUCACUCACACACACAAUUCCCUCUUCUCCUAACCCUGGGCGGACAGUCAGAGAGAGAGGAGGGAGAAAGAGACAGAUAAAAAGAGAAGAUGAGAGCAGUAUAACACGAAAAAAAGAGGAGAGGAGAGCAGACAUCUACACUUCCUACUCACUGUCACAGAGACUGCCACAGCAACCAAUCACAGAGCAGACAGGCACUUCCCACCAGUUGCACUAAACAAAAACAAAAAAACAACUCACAAGACUGGGGCACUGGAUCACAAUGGAAAAAGGCCUCCAAAAGAGUCUCUCUAUUCACGUAUACUUUAGCUAGACAGCAGAAAGUCGGUAUAUUUCAUUUAACAAACAGCUUAGUGAGUUAGUGCUAGAUACCGUGUUUUUUUAUGAGAGGUGAGGGGAUAGUUUGCAGUACAUUUAUCUUUGAUAGCAAAGCUUGGUUGCAAAAAUGUUUUAAAAAUAAUUGUAUCUUUAUUUAUGUGUGAAUCAGAGGCUGUGUAUGUGAAUCGAUUUCCUGUUCUCUUCUCAGCCCUUAAUCCCCUAAUCUGAAACUACAGUAUGAGUCUCAGUAACAUACAAAGUAAUGCUCUGGUGCAGUGGUUCCCAAACUUUUUAUAGUCCCAUACCCCUUCAAACAUUCAACCUCCAGCUGCAUAUCCCCUGUAGCGCCAAGGCCAGCACACUCUCAAAUGUUGUUUUUUGCCAUCAUUGUAAGCCUGCCACACACACACUA